AUGGCUGAUAUUCAGCCUACAGGUGCAGUUGCACCCGCGUUUGAUGCGGCCGGCCCGGCCGUGACUGCUCCAGCGACGCUUUAUCAGCGCGAUCUUUUCGGUCGUCAAAACAACUACGGCUCCUGUGGCUACUAUUCUCUCUUGGGCAGCGAUUGGGCUACCUGGAAAUGCGGCGAAGAGAAUGCCUGGACUACGACCUGUAAGACCAUCGGCUCACACUUUGGUUGCUUCGAGAAUAUCUUCACGACAUGCUAUCCCCGCGCCUCUAGCUGUAACAGUCUAGACCCGCGAGCUCUUUGUUGUACCGGAGAUGUUAAUGUGGACUAUCCGUAUUGCGCAACAGGCAUCAAGGCCCUGGAAGACGGCGACGAGCUAUCUAUAUACCUUUGUGGCAGAUCCGAGCAACAGGUUCCCUUCUACGAUUCAACCGUUAUCAAGGUAACAACAGGUAGUACAACUGAAGAGCAAACUCUUACCAGUAUUGAUACGACCAAGGGCGUCACCGUCACCAAGACAGCUGAGCCCUCACCUGAAAAGGGUAACCCUACCCCAGUCGGGGCCAUCGUUGGGGGCGUUAUUGGCGGUGUCGCGCUGAUCGCCAUCUUGGGACUGGCCUUUUGGUUCCUUCGAAGCAAGAAGCGGCAGAACAAGGAGGUAACGCCUGCGCCUGCACCCGCACCUGGAUUUCCCCCUCAACCAUACCAACAGCAAAUGGGCUACCAACAAGAUGUGCCCCCUCCGAUCAUCCACGACUACAACAACAACAACAACUACGCCGGCUAUCCCACUCAGGGCUCCCCACCACCCCCCAGUGACCCCAGAUACAGCCAAAUGUUCAUGGAGGGCACAGGUUCUCCACAUCAGAGUCCUCCGAUCGAGCCUUACAAGACAGUUGUAUCACCUGUUUCUGAACUUCCUAUAUAUUCUUCCCCUCACGACAACACGCCCGUUUCUGAGCUGCCCGCUGGCAUGGAGAAUUCAUACCAACCACGAGGGAAUUAG